CUCCGGGCUAAUGAUAAAGCUAAGGGUCACAAAGAAUAUGCGUCCGCUAAAGAUAUAUGGAUAAAAGCACUGUCCAAGUCCAAGUGGUAAAACCUCUAACCAUCCAGUCUGCGGUUGUAACUCACGAAGUGAAAGGUGAAGCAUGCUAGCAGCUGUCAGAGCCACUACGCGGGUCUGUAUGAGAAGUAUCUCGUCUCUCACAAACUCAGGAUACCAGCAGGCUAAUGUAGUCGUCCUCCCCCGUAGCUUGGCUGAUGACUUUGACACAUUCUGUAAAAGAAACUCGGCUCCCCUGCCCCUGCUCUAUCGCAGCCAACCAGGAGAAACGUCCUGUCCACCACUUUGUAGAGAUGCUGACAUAAGAACAGACAUCUCUCAGUAUUGUGUGUUUGAAAAGGGCCAGAUGGUGAAAACUGUGUCCAGUCUUCAGAGUUACAUCACUCAGACAAAGUCUCCAUCAGAGCAGUCCGCCGUGCAGGAUGGCCCUGGGACAGACAUGGUCUCUUUCUAUCUGGGCUGCAGCUUUGGCUUUGAGAGCAGACUGAAGAAAGCUGGAGUUCCUGUCAGGAACUUGGAGCAGGGCAAAAACAUCAGCAUGUAUCGAACUACAGUGCCGUGUGUUCAAGCAGGAGUGUUUAGCUGCCCCCUGGUUGUCACUAUGCGCCCUGUUCCUACUGACAAGCUGGAUGCAGCAGUGGAAGUGACUCACCUCAAUCCACUCGCACAUGGAGCUCCUAUACACAUAGGAGACCCAGCUCUGCUGGGCAUACAAGACCUGUGCAAACCAGACUAUGGGGAGGCAGUGGAGCAGCAGCCUGGUGAUGUUCCAGUCUUCUGGGCUUGUGGAGUGACUGCUAUAGAGGCCAUACGCAGCAACAAGCCUUCCUUAGCAUUCAGCCACUCUCCAGGCUGCAUGUUCCUGACUGAUAUCCCGGACACCACCUCUUCAUCUCCCAUAACCCCGCCAUCUGACAGCAUGGACCCUUCAUCCAUCAUCCUCAACCCUGAGCUGACCCCCCUGAGUUUUCUGGUGUCCGACAAUCCCCUGUUCUAUAGCUUAGCAUCUCGGAGGACAGUGGAGAAGAUCCGACAGCUGGAGACGAUUAUUGGAGAGGACCCAGGUGAGCGAGGGAUCAGAGCUUUAUUCAUUCAAGAUGAACUCCUGCGCUCCUGUCUGGCCCUCUCCCACUCCUCCUCUGUUGCCAUAACAACUGGUUUCCCCACACAUUACAUGCACAACCCUCCUGAUGAGACAGACGGCCCACCUGGAGCCAUCGCCAUGGCGAACAUGCUGCUGUCAAUGGGGAAGCAGGUGACACUGGUGACUGACCGGAGAGCAGUGGAGAUGAACCAGGCUAUUAUCGAUGAGGCUGUGAGGGAAGGUGUGCUGACUGAUACCAUCCCAUUGGUCACCUUUGAAAACAACAGCCCAGACUCAGCACUGAAGUUCCUGUGUCACAACGGGGACAUCAACAAACCCAGGUAUGACCACCUUGUGGCGAUAGAGCGCAGUGGAAGAGCUACAGAUGGAAAUUACUACAACAUGAGAGAAAUAAACAUCAAACAUCUAGUGGAUCCCAUCGAUGACCUGUUUAUCGCUGCCAAGGAUAUACCAGGAAUCAUUACAACAGGAAUCGGUGAUGGUGGUAAUGAGUUGGGGAUGGGCAAAGUGAAGGACAGGGUGAAGAGCCUGAUGCCCAAAGGGGACGUCAUAGCCUGUGAUGUCCCUGCAGAUUUUGCCAUCACAGCAGGCGUCUCGAACUGGGGAGGAUAUGCAGUAGCCUGUGGGCUCUACCUGCUCCUCACAUGCCCCUCCCACCAGCGCUACUUAAAGAAAGGCCUUGGACUGAACCGAGCCGUACCACAAGACCAGCUGCAGAAGUGGAGAGCUGGUCUGCCCUCUGUGGACAAGGAGGAGUCGAUCUUGUCCACACUGGUGCGUUUUGGGAUUCGAAGUGGGAAAACUGGUCACCUGGCCAUGGAGGUGGAUGGUUUAACCUUUCAUCCCACACACUCUGGAAUCAUCACCCGACUGCUGGAAGCCACACUAGACUAGACUGCCACUCUCCGUUGUCAUCAGUAGACAUACAUUUCACAAAGGUGAUGUCAGUGACUGAGUUAUUGACGUAGAUGACAUUAAUUAGCUGUGAUCGCUCAUUCAGCUCCGGAGCUUCACAGAGAAACACUGAAAAUCAGAAGCACACAUACAAUUAACAGACCACCUGGCAACAUUCUGCUUCCUCUCUAUUCACGUUGUUAAAAGGAAGUGUGAGAGAAUUUUAAGAUCAGAAUGAGAGUGGAUUGAGAGCAGGGUUUUCGACGCUGCCCUGGUUACCUUUCAGUCGUCUUCCUUGACUACAGAGACGAGAGUAAAAAAGCUUUUCUCUGUUUUUUUCUCAGUUUGGCUCUUUUCUGCUAGACCCAGUGAUGAAUAAAUCAUGUCUAUCAUUCUAUUCUAUUCAAGAACUGAUCUAUUUGAAAAUAAACUUUCCAAAGGAACACAUAUGUGACAAAAAGGCAUAUUCAAUGUCUUGACAAAUGUUAAGCAAAUGGAAAACGCAGCAUGCGUAUUGCAAGAAAGACAGA